GAGAUAGAGGAACAGAUAUGGUGUGUGGCCGUAGGGUUUUCAGGGCUCUGUUUGGAGCUCUUGUAUUCGUGGGCGUCAUUUGGCUUUCGACGGUUGGAAUCAUAGCAAACCGUGCAAAUAAAACAUCGACUAUAACGGCAAGGUCAACUGAAAUCUUCAGGUAUUGGAAGCUGAUUGGGAGAGAGAAGCAUACUGCUCAUCGGUACUCCGAUCUUAAUUACGUGAGCAGGAGAAGAGUGCCCCAUGGACCUGAUCCCAUUCACAACAGGAGAGCAGGGAAGACUAGACGGCCGCCUGGUAGUGCCUAAGGGGAGUGAGAACUGAGAAGCAUCAGCAAUUGUGAGGAGGGGAAUGUGCAGGAGACUGUUAGAUUUAUGAUUCCUCAAUUAUUAGGCCAUCCGAGUUGAAAUGUGUUGCCCUGAACACUAAUGCAAACUGCUAUGAUUGGGUGCGAGUGCCUAUAAAUAUUUGGAAAGUAUGUGCAAUUCAUUCAGUUUGCUAAUCAU